AUGAGACCAUUAACAGAAGAAGAAACCAAAGUCGUGUUUGAAAAACUAGCCAACUACAUCGGCCGCAACAUAUCUGCCCUCAUAGACAAUCCCGAAAACCCGCAUGUUUUCCGAUUACAAAAGGAUCGAGUGUACUACGUGUCCGAACAAGUUGCCAAUUUCGCCACUUCAGUAUCACGUCAGAACCUAAUGUCAUUGGGCACCUGUUUUGGCAAAUUCACCAAGACUGGUAAAUUCAAAUUACACAUCACUGCCUUGCCCUAUUUAUCACAAUACGCAAAAUACAAGAUAUGGAUUAAACAAAAUGGUGAGAUGCCGUUCUUGUAUGGGAAUCAUGUUUUGAAAGCGCAUGUUGGGAGGAUGAGUGAUGAUAUUCCUGAACAUGCUGGUGUUAUUGUGUAUAGCAUGGGUGAUAUCCCUUUAGGGUUUGGUGUUAGUGCUAAGCUGACGCAUGAGGCGAGGAACGUGGCUCCUACUGGUAUUGUUGCGUUUAGACAGGGUGAUAUUGGUGAGUAUUUGAGAGAAGAGGAUACUUUGUUUACGUAG